AUGCCUCGUCCUAGAAGACCUGGUGCACCAGAACCAAAGCGCCGAAGUCGUAAAGGAUGUUGGCCAUGCAAAGCACGCAAGGUAAAAUGUGGUGAAGAGAAACCAGCAUGUCUUAAUUGCCAGCGACAAGGCGACCCUUGCGAUUAUAGUGUCCGUCUGAACUGGGGAGGAAGGACGAAACGCAUGUCAAUUGACUCGCCGAAUUCACAAUCUAGUGGGUAUGGAGGAGCUGUAAUUGGAUUUUCGGACUCAUUCGCUAUCAACGAUCUGAGCCCAGUUUCGUUCCCCACUCCAGCAAGCAACAACCCUGCAGAUGGAUUUAUCAACACUCAUCCCGGGGAGUUGACUUCGCCAAGAGCAAUAUCUCCAAGUACAUCAUCACAAAUGGGACUUUUCGAAUCCCCCAGGCUCGGCUCGGACUCUGAAGGAGUGCUAUCGCCGGGCCAAUUAGAGUCUCGAUUCUCCUCAACUUGGGCGGAACAAUCUCCUCCAUUGACCGCAUCGGCUACCUCGGCGCCUUUGUUGCAAUAUCAAUUUGGACAGCAUAGUUUUGAUAGCCCAUCAUAUCUGGGUUCGAUAGAUCAGACAUCCGGCCUCAGAUCACUGUCUGCCUUUGCAUUCCAUACAAACCCCGUGUCGCAGCCAGUCUCAUACAUGCGCCACCCUGUAGAUGUUUCCAACCACUGCUCGGGUCCAUCUAUCUCGCACUCUCGUGAUGAAGAGCAUCUUUCUCAAGGGUCAUAUGAUGACCGGGGCAUGCAUCUUGGCGCUCGGUCUAGGACAGGGCAAAACAGAUCCUCAAACAGCCCGCAGGAUACUACCGGUCUUAUGCUUUUCGAUCCACGCAGAGUGUCGAUUGCUGAAAGUGAUGCAAUCUCGUCUCCGAGGCUCCACGAGACAACCAGCAACAUGGGCUCUGUACAUGACUAUCACAAUGGGUUGACUCCGGAUCAUCAGGCAUCGGCGGAGAGCAAUCAUGAAGCCGAUCAAACAUCCCACGAGUCUUCAAUCGCCCGGAGCAAAUGGCAAACAUAUCUGAAUAGUGUAACCGACAAUUAUGGAUUGGAUUCUGGGCGCCCUGAUCAGGAUCUGACCUUCAACAACGACCAUGCCGCCAUAGAUAUCAAUUAUGCGUUAGACCUGAUCAGUUCUCGGUGGCGCAACGAGGAGUCCAAAGCCUCUCAACCUGACCCCGUACCACAGGUCCAGUUUUGUAGUGGUUACUAUGCUUCGCCAGUACCCAUCAAUGUCCCGAGGUACUUAUCUCCGCUUCCGUCGUCGCUGCUGGAGAACCCCAUCAAUCUGAUGUACUUCCAUCAUUUCUUGAAUCACACUGCUCGAAUGCUUGUCCCACACAACUGCGAUAAUAAUCCGUUUAUUUCGGUUUUGCCAUCAAUGGCAAUCGGUGAUUCCAAUCUCCUCAAUUUGCUGCUUGCAUACUCCGCUAGUCAUCGUGCUCGCUACCUCGGUCAUCCCGAGCCCGCCAAUCGAAUCGCUCAUUGGGUUAGCAAGGUCUUCCCAACAUUGCGUAUGGCAUUGGAGUCAUCCAAGGAAGACAUCACUGACAGCCACUUGGCCACGGCCAUUAUGCUGUUGUCAUUGAAGAUCGUUUCUCCAAGGACAUUCGAGGUGCCGAUCACCUGGAAGAGUCACCUCAAGCUUGCUCGCGAUUUGUUCCUUGCACGAAGCGAGGGAAUGGCGCAUCCCGGGAACAGGAUUGGAGCGUUCUUCGCCCGCUGGCUAGGCUAUCUCGACACGAUGGGAUCUUUGUCAUGUCGCCAAGCUGGUCCUCCACUAAUGAUAUACCACUCCAUCUUAACGGCCUGCUCCGCGCCUGACGGUCAUGACGAAUUCGGUGUUGAUUGCUUCACUGGGUUCACCCCCCGCACUGGAGUAUUUCUGAUCCGUCUUGCACAGCUGGUGCAGGAAUGUGACAAUCAACUCUUCGACGAAAUGGGUAAUUUCCGGCAUGACUGGCAUGCAUCUGCGGAAAUGGUCCUGGAAGCGCAAUCUGUACUUGGUGUUGUCGAUGGGAUUAGCGAACGUGCUCAUACUAGCCCGGAACAUCAUCAUGGUGUUGAGUCCUCGGAUAUGAUAGCCAUCGAGGAAGCUUUCCGGUUUGCAGGUCUCCUGCAUCUCCAUCGUCGUGUCCUUGGGUCUCCGCGUGACUCGUUUCCCGUGAAGGAGGUUUUGCGCAAGCUGAUUGAUGCCCUUGGACGUAUGCGCCCUGGUGCAGCUACUGAAGUCUGCUCCUUGUUCCCGCUCUUCACGGCUGGUUGCGAAUCUAGAGAUCCAGUUCAAAGGUCUCAGCUUUUGGACCGGUUCUUUGUAUUGGAGAGUUCGGGCAUGAAACAGAUUCAAAAUGCACGUCAAUUGAUGCAACACUGCUGGGAUGAAGACCUGCCUUGGGUGGCCCUAGCUAGCGGUCAGUUCCUAGGUUAG